GUCCUCCCUGGAAAACACUUCCUCAUGAUCGAGGACUUUGUGGACGUAUCUAAACCGGUGAAAUUCCAUCAGCUCGCGACCAGCGUUUCGGACCCGUUCGGUGAUGACACUGAUGAUGCAUUGAUUGGACAGGCCAGUGACAGCACAGGAGGGUCUAAGAAUCGUGUCUUGAAGAUGGUAUUGACCGAUGGUUGCCGUAGUGUUACGGCUAUAGAGGUGAUCCCUAUUGUGGACAUACCACAGCAACUGAGCAGACUGCCUG